CUGGAGUGAGAAGUGAAGGGCUGUGUGUGUGCCGAGUGGUGCCAUCUGUAGGCCUGUCCCCCAAACACACAGUCUCUCACUCACUGUCCAAAAUGGGUCGUAUGCACGCUCCCGGAAAGGGUAUUUCCCAAUCAGCACUUCCAUACCGACGAACUGUGCCUACAUGGCUGAAGUUGACCACCGAUGACGUCGUGGACCAGAUCUGUAAGCUGGCGAAGAAGGGUAUGACUCCAUCACAGAUCGGUGUGAUGUUGAGGGACUGGCACGGCGUGGCUCAGGUCCGAUGGGUGACCGGCAAUAAGAUUCUGCGGAUCCUCAAGAAGAAGGGUCUGGCGCCACAACUGCCCGAAGACUUGUAUCACUUGAUCAAGAAGGCGGUCGCCAUUCGUAAACAUCUGGAGCGCAACCGCAAAGACAAGGACUCGAAGUUCCGAUUGAUUUUAGUGGAGAGCCGUAUCCACCGAUUGGCCCGUUAUUACAAAACCAAACGAGUUUUGGCCCCCAAUUGGCGCUACGAGUCGUCCACCGCAUCGGCACUCGUGGCGUGAAAUCAGUUAUUAUUAUUAAUUUCCAAAACUAUGUAUUGAAUUAAGAAUUUUUCAUUUUUUCCGAAUAAAGACUUCUUAAAACAGA